AUGUCAGGAAGAGGUAAGGGAGGUAAAGGUUUGGGAAAAGGAGGAGCUAAGAGACACAGAAAAAUUUUAAGAGAUAACAUUCAAGGUAUUACAAAACCAGCCAUCAGACGUUUAGCAAGAAGAGGUGGUGUUAAACGUAUUUCUGGUUUAAUAUAUGAAGAAAUCAGAGGAGUUUUAAAAGUUUUCUUAGAAAACGUAAUUAAAGAUUCCAUCAUGUAUACUGAACACGCUAAAAGAAAAACCGUCACUGCUAUGGAUAUUGUAUACUCCUUAAAAAGACAAGGAAGAACUUUAUAUGGUUUUGGAGGUUAA